CCAAAUGUUUGCUUUUAAGGUGAUUUAUGUGUGCUAUGUGUUAUUGAAAUGAUAAUGAAAAGGAAAAAGGUACAUUAACUGUCAGCAAUUUAAAAUUUUCGUAAUCAGACGCGACUGUUUACGUUGUGUGCCGAAAGUGUAGAUAUGUCAUAAAAUUCUAUCCUUUAACACAAAUGGCGUUAUAUAAAUUAUUUAGCCAAAAUGUGGAGAUCCAGUACAAAAGCUAUUUAUUAUCGAAAGCGACAUUAUUUACAGUUUUAAUUGCCGUGAUAAAUAUUAUGCUACCAUUCGUGAUCGCAUUUAAAAGUAAAGGAUUUUGGUUACAAUCGCAUUAUUUUUAUGAACAACCUUUAAUACGAUCUACGUAUGACUAUUUGCUCGUAGCCGAAACUGAUGAUCCUAGUGUUAAUAUUGUGUGUGGUGAAAUAAAUACAUUACAUAACGAAAUAAAUAAAUAUGAAGAAAACUGUGUGGAAACCCAAAUACAAGAAAAAGAUUUUGACCGAAAUGGAAAGAAUGAUAUUCUUGAGUUUAAGAUUCAUCUCAUAAUUCCAAAUGAACGAACUAUUACUUCAAUAAUGUUGAUAUUAGGCCUCGAUUUUCAACUAAUGAAGACAUGUCCUUUACAAAUGCAAGGUUUGGCUAUUAUAAAUAAAGAAUUUAGUAUUCCGCCACAUGGACUCAAGUUUUAUGGAGAUAUACAAAUGUAUCAAAGUAUUCAUCUUCCUUGUUUGCAAAACACGGUCGAUACCAAAUAUAAUCAUUCCAGUUUUGCUCUGAGUACCGAAAAUAAAAACGCAAUUGAUUUUAUUUUGGAUGAAUAUUUUAGUAGAGAAGAUUUCACAAUAGUUACACCAAUUUUUUCAAGAAAUCAAAUUGGUCACACUGGUACAAUGGAUUUGAAUAUUGUUUUAAAGAUAACUGAAAUACCAGUAAGAUACUUGCCAAGCCUUUUGCAAGAAUUGAAAUGGGCAUGGCCUCAAUACCUCUCACUUCUUUUUAUUUUUUACUAUUUAUUAGAAAAGAUAAAACGAUUUGUCUUUAGCAAGCGUUUGUUUAUGGCAUGGAAAAUAAUACCGGGGCAGAAAAGGGAGUAAAGAGUGUGUACACCUAAGAACAAAAAAAAAAAAUUGUUUUUAAGCUUGGCAUCUACUUGACAAGGUUGAGAUUGUUAUAUUGAUAAAGAUAAUUGUGUUGUGAAGUGUGAACAUCCUAAAAUUGCUCUAAUAAGCAAAAUUUUUCGGAAUUCAAAUUGUCAGACAGAAGAUAGAUCAUCGAAAUAAUUUUCAUUUUCAGCAAUAAGAGCCUAGAGACAGUAUAUGUUUCAAUUCGAUUACUUUACGCAAUUUGUGAUAUAAAUUUAAAAACCCAAAAUAAAAUUCAAGUGUAAUAAUAAAACUUUAAUAAACGGUCA